AUGGCUGCUCAGAGAGCAGCCAAAUGGGACCCUGAAUGGGUGCUUCAGAGGCCGCAGCAUAUCCCAGCAACUGUCUGGGUGGCCAAGGGUGAGGGGAAGAUUAUAAAUAUCACAACUAACAUAAAAACACUUACUGACACAUUGAAAAACAUAACUAGCACCGUAGAAGAAAUGGAGAAGAAUGGCGUAAAGGAUGAAGCUGAUUACCUAGAUGUUAUAAAUCAAAUAGAUAACUUGAAGAAAAUGGUUGACGAUCUGACUGAUAUUCUAAAUGGAACUGACAAUGGGAUAGAAAACUUACUCAACCAGGUCAACAAUGUUUCCAGCAUGGUGUGGCAACUAGAAACCUUUGAUAAGAACAAUGUGUUAGUGACACGUAGGGAAUUGGCCACAAUUCGGAAACAACUGGCUGAAUGUGAAGAAGCUGCUGGGAACCCCAACUUUGGCCUCCCUUCGGCUGGCCUCUUGCCUCCUGAGUAUGGUAAAUGUGAAAACAAGAAGUUGUUGAACGUAAGUAAGCCUUUCAUAGUGAAACUCAACUGGCGAGGUUUCAGCUACAAAUAUGGAGCUUGGGGAAAGGACUUUGCCAUUGGGAACAAACAUCCAGACAUGUACUGGGUUGCUCCACUAAACACAGAUGAACGUCUGAUGGAGACCUACCGCCUCUACAAUGCAUAUACAGACCUGCUGUUGUACAGAAAUCAAAUAGAGAAAAGCCUUUCCCAAUAUGUCGGUCUCACCUGGAACUAUAUCAACUGUGGACAAGGAAGUGGAACAAUCUUAUACAAUGGCAGCCUCUAUUACAACUGCCACAACACCAGGAACCUGUGCAAGCUGGAUAUCACCACUCAUGACCUGAAACGCAAGGCAUUAGAAGGUGCUGCUUUCAACAACUGGUUCUCCUAUCAAGGGGUCAAUUGGCAGGACUUUGAUUUUGCUGGGGAUGAGAAGGGCCUAUGGGUCAUUUAUGCCACAGAAAGCAGAAAGGGGAAAAUAACUAUUGCUAAGCUUGACCCCAAUAACCUGAAUAUAAUUAACAAAUGGGACACCUCGCUGUUCAGGCCUAAUGCAACCAAUACCUUCAUGAUCUGUGGGGUCAUGUAUGCUCUCAGGCGAGUGAGUGCACAUUCAGAGAAAAUAUUUUACACAUUUGACACCAAUACAGGCAAAGAAGGGACUUUAGACAUCACCAUGGAAAAGCUCUCAGACAUAGCACAAAGUGUGAGCUACAAUCCCAAUGAUCACAAGAUAUACAUGUAUAAUGAUGGCUACCUGGUCACUUAUGACAUGAUGUUUGAACGCCUGCCUUCAAAAACAAGGCGCAGUGUGGCCAACCAGUAUGAGCCAAAUGCUGUUAUAGCAAUUGGCCAAGGCCAGCAGAAGUAUGCAAUGGUAUGA